UUACUGGACAUUGUGAAACAUUACCUAUUAAUUUAUAAAUUAAUGAGCUGAUGGGAUUUCUAAAGAGUUUUGUUGAAGGAUUAUUGGAAUAUGAAACACAGAAAGUGGUACAAAUUCAUUCAAAAAAAAUUGGAGUCACAUUUAGACUUAUACAAUUAGGAAUUAUUCUCUAUGUUGUAUUAUGGGUGAUGAUCUAUGAAAAAGGUUAUCAAUCAUUCGAUCAAGCAGUGAGUGGAGUGACUGCAAAAUUGAAAGGUGUCGCUUUUGCCAACGUAACUAAUAAUCCAUCACUUGGAGCCACUGUUUGGGAUGCGGCUGAUUAUGUGAUACCACCACAACAGAAUUCAGCAUUCUUUGUGAUGACCAAUUUGAUUUAUACACCUGGACAGACAUUGGGACAUUGUGAAGAAUCGCAUGAUGUUUUUGGUAAUAGUUGUCACAAUGAUUCACAAUGUCACUCUGGACAGUUAGUUCAACGUGGUAGUGGGAUACAAACAGGUAAAUGUGUGAAUUCUACAAGGCAAGCAAAUUUACGUGUGUGUGAAAUAUAUGGUUGGUGUCCUACAGAACACGACGAUAUUGCGAGACCGCAUUUAUUAUCAUCAGCUGAAAAUUUCACAGUAAUACUGAAAAACAGUAUCGAAUUUCCACGUUAUCGAAUAAAGCGCAGGAAUAUACUUAAAUGGAUGAGUCGUUUAUUUUUGAAAACAUGUUUAUAUAAUCCAAAUGAUGAUAAAUUGAAAUAUUGCCCGAUUUUCCGUCUCGGUGAUAUACUGAAAUAUUCUGAUCCAGUAAAUAAAGAUAUAUGGGAGACUGGUGGUAUGGUAUCAAUUCACAUUGAAUGGAAUUGUAAUCUAGAUUUCGAUGAGGAGAAGUGUUUACCGAAAUAUGUAUUUCGUCGAUUAGAUGACUUUGAGAGUAAUGUGGCGAAUGGAUGGAAUUUUCGAUUUAGUCAACAUUACAUUGAUGGUGGUGUACGUAAACGUAAUUUGAUUAAAGCUUAUGGUAUCCAGUUUUUCAUAACAGUGUAUGGAACUGGUGGUAAAUUCAAUAUUUUAACAUUUUCAAUGAACUUUGGUUCUGGAUUAGCAUUACUCGGUAUAGCAACAGUUCUAUGUGAUAUGAUUAUAUUGAAUACAACAAGAAAACGUAGUGUUUAUCGAAAGGCUAAAAUUGAUUAUAUUGCUGAAAAACGCCGUAAACAACAAGAAGAAGAGCUGAAGAAUAAAUGUAAAGAAAAUGUUUUUGACACAAUGAAAAAUAACGAUAAUAAAACGUUUGAAUUGAAACUUUAUCCCGGUAAUUAUCAUCUUGACGAAAUGAAUACUAAUAAAGUGCGAAUUUAUGAUCGAAAUAGUUUAUCAAUCUAUGAUCCUGUUUCACACCCCAUAUGGGUAGAUAAUAAUAAUGAAUGUAAAAAACGAGAAAUGAGUAAAUGUCAUUUACUUAUUUCAAAAAAUGAUCAACUUUCUUUAGAUCAACCAAGUUUUCUUGGAUUUCAUCAUACUCCAUCAACAUCUUCAUCACAAAUUAUCAAUAAUAAAAAAGAAUCAAAUAGUGAAAAUAAUUUAAAAAAUCGAAUAACUAAUCCUUUAAAUGAAUGUUUCACUUCUAUUCCUUAUAGAAAUGAGAAUAAUAAUAUCUCUUUCCAUAAAAAUAAUACUACAUCAAUCAAUGAUCUUAUUUACACUACAACUAAGCAUUCAAUACAAAAUUCAAAAUAUAUUCAAUGUGAUUUAAAAUCAACACAAUUGUCAACAUUUAUGAAAGAGUCAGAUUUGAAAGCUACUACUACUACUACUACUACUCAUACUACUAAUAAUACUACUAAUACUGAAAUUGAAUUAUUAAAAACUAUCUCAACAUUACCAAAGUGUUGUACAUCAUUUAUAAAACCAACAAUUAAUCCCCAACCAAAUAUUCUUAUCUACCCAAGAAAAUAG